GAACUGUUUCCGAGGUGACGGUGUGGCGGCCUCGGUGGUGGAUUGAGCGGGUCUGAGCGAGGUUCCCAGAGGGCUGCGCGUCCCGGUCCUGUCGGCGCCGUCAUGGCGGGUUUGCUGAAGAAGACCACCGGCCUUGUGGGAUUGGCUGUCUGUGAGACCCCACACGAGAGGCUAAGAAUAUUGUACACAAAGAUUCUUGAUGUUCUUGAGCAAAUUCCUAAAAAUGCAGCAUAUAGAAAGUAUACAGAACAGAUUACAAAUGAGAAGCUGAGUAUGGUUAAAGCGGAACCAGAUGUUAAGAAAUUAGAAGAUCAGCUUCAGGGUGGCCAACUAGAAGAGGUGAUUCUUCAGGCUGAAAAUGAACUAAGUCUGGCAAGAAAAAUGUUACAGUGGAAACCAUGGGAGCCUUUAGUGGAAGAGCCUCCUGCCAACCAGUGGAAAUGGCCAAUAUAAUCAUUAUUAAAUGACUAGUGUAUUGAUGGGAAAUGGAUGUAAUUAAAUGUUCUGUUAUAUUAAAAAUGUUUCUAUAUUAUUGACAUCUUAUAAUUAAGAAAAUUAAUACAGAACAUAUUUAGGACACUUCUUAAAAUUGAUGACUAUGGUUAUAGGGACUUGUGAAUCCUUUUUUGCUAUGUAAAGCAUUCAUUUAAAUUAUCUCAAAGA